GCCCGCUGACCCCCCAAUGGACUUGGCCUCGGACGUAGGAGUCCGUCACUCGGUCGUUCUCUCUAGCCUGGAAAUCCGUCAUCUGGUUGACUUCUCCCCCGCAACUGCUUCCAUUGCCCGGGAAAUCCGCUUCUGUGUGAUCGCCAUUGUGGUUGGGUGGACCACCUCGCGCGUUGUCUCCGCCUUGUUGAACCGAAGAUCUUCGUCGGACCAGUAACAAGAUACUACCGCUGGUUCAGAGCUUCGGCCUUCUUCUUUCUUUCUUUUGCCCCAGACACCUGAUAUCUCUUCUUAACCUGUGACGGCGUCUGCUGUGCUUUGGAUACAGAUCUUAGCCUUCCCUUGUUUGUUUGAAAGUAGUAACAGCAUUAUCUGCUUUGCGAGCCUCCAAUUGCAUAGACAUGAUGAAGAUCUCAGCUUCCCUCCUGUCCUUCGUUGCUGCUGCAACAGCGCAGUCAGUGAUUGAAGCCUCCAGCUUUGGCUUUGGCCAGACACUAUCCCCAAAUGCCGAUUCCAUUCCUGGGUGGCAGACUGGAGGAGAAUCACACUCCCCUGACAUCCUUUCUAACAAGAUAAUCCUGACACCGCCUUACCCAGGCAACACCAGAGGGUUUGCUUGGUCACAAACACCUGUCUCCCAGUUGGAAUGGACAGCAGAGUUCCAAUUCCGAGCAACUGGUCCUGAGAGAGGUGGAGGUAACCUCCAGCUCUGGUAUGCCAAAGACGGAAAAGAUAGAAUCGGCACAUCUAGUAUCUAUACUGUCAACCAGUUCGAUGGAUUUGCUCUUGUCAUUGACAGUCACGGCGGCAGAGGUGGUAGCGUCAGAGGUUUCCUCAACGAUGGCACGACGGAUUACAGCAGCCAGAGGAGCGUUGAUAGCUUGGCCUUUGGACACUGUGACUACCCUUACCGUAACCUGGGACGGCCCUCCACCGUCCGUCUAAAGUACACCAAGUCGGUCUUCGAGGUUACUGUCGAUGAUAAGCUGUGCUUCUCAACUGACAAGGUUAUCCUCCCGGCUGGCAAUGUCUUUGGUCUGACCGCAGCGACUCCCGAGAACCCCGAUUCUUUCGAGGUCUUCAAGUUCGUUCUUCAGUCCGCCGACUCCGGAGCAGGCAACACCGUGCCCGUGCAGCAGCAAAACACCAAUCAGCAGCCCAUUGCUGCCCAGCAACAGGCACAAGCCGUGCCCCAGCAGCAGCAGCAACAGGCGCCUGCAGUCGAUUCCGGUGCAACAUCCCAGCAGUUUGUCGAUCUAGGCAACCGUAUCCAAGGCGUCAACCAAGCUACCGACAACAUCCUUCGCGAACUCGGAAACCAGGGCACCAAGAGCGAAAAUCGCCAGGUCGAGCUCCUCCAGAAGUUCGCCAGCAAGGACCAGGUCGCUAGUCUGGACGCUAGACUGCAGAAGAUUGAACAGAUGUUGCAGGCUAUCCAGCGGGACCUGGAAGGCAAAGACUACCACAAGCGCUUCAACCAGCUGCAGGAGACCCUGCGCUCGUCUCAUCUCAGCUUGACGGAGAACCUCCUGGGAGUCGUUACCUCCUCCGCCCCUCGCAUGGGCUUCUUCAUCUGCCUGAUCAUCGCCUUCCAAGCUCUCCUGGCCGUCGCCUACAUCGUCUACAAGCGUCGUCGUGCGAACAUGCCCAAGAAGUUCCUCUGAGCUUCCCCUCUCUUCCUCUCAACUAUGACUGAACCCCCCCAACACACCACCCAACAACAACUUUCCCAACUUCCGCGGAAACGAUAUCACGAGACCUGGUAGCGCCGUUGUACGGUGUUCUUUUCGAGCCCCACCCUGUGUAACUCUGCCCAAUCUGUUUUAUAGUAGCUAACGUCGUUGUUGUCUUGUCUCGCAUUCCUUCUUUUGACCUGUCAUUGUAACUUGUACAUUUUCCACUUGAGCUGGCAAAUCAGUUAGUCAGUUUCCGGGCGCUAUCUAGAUGGGUUAGGAGAACCUUGUUGAUUCAUAUGCAAUAUGCUUUGCUAUCUUCACUAACCACAAUUUAGAUAAAACGAGCAAGUUCUAUC